CGCCGCCCGGCCCUCCCGGCGCCUGGCCGCGGCCCCCGGCCCGCAGCCCCCGGCCCGCAGCCCCCAGCCCGCCCCGCCGGCCAUGCGCGGGGGGCGCAGCCCAGGGACGCCGCGGGGGUGAUGCCAGAAGGAGCCCGGCAUGCCGUACCUGGACCGACAGAACCGUAUCUGCGGGUUCCUGGACAUUGAAGAAAAUGAGACCUGUGGCAAGUUUCUGCGGAGGUAUUUCAUCCUGGACACCCAGGCCAACUGCCUCCUGUGGUACAUGGACAACCCUCAGAACCUGGCCCUCGGCGCGGGUGCUGUUGGAUCUCUGCAGCUGACCUAUAUCUCCAAGGUCAGCAUCGCCACCCCGAAACAGAAGCCAAAAACUCCCUUCUGCUUUGUUAUCAACGCUUUAUCUCAGCGCUACUUCUUACAAGCCAGUGAUCAGAAGGACCUGCAGGACUGGGUGGAGGCUCUGAACAGGGCCAGUAAGAUCACGGUGCCGAAGGGCGGCAGUGUCCCACCAGCUGCUGAGAUCACGAAGCCUCCAGUGGUGCCCCAGGCCCAGGAGAGGAAGCCCCAGGUUGCCUACAAAACUGAGAUCAUCGGGGGAGUGGUGGUCCACACCCCCAUCUCCAUCAACCAGAAUGGGGGGAGCGGAGGGGAGGGCAGCGACGUGGCCGCCCACCCGCUGCUGCGGCGCUCGCAGAGCUACAUCCCCAGCUCGGGGGCCAAGCCCCCCGCCGGGCCCCCCGUCCUCAAGAGCGGCUUCUGCGUCAAGCAGGGGAAUGUGAGGAAGAGCUGGAAGCGCCGGUACUUCGUUCUGGAUGAAUUUUCCAUCAGUUACUACAAGUGUGAGCAGGACAAGGAGCCCUUGCGUUCAAUUCUCCUGAAGGACGUCUGCAAGACCCACGAGUGCCUGGUCAAAUCUGGUGACCUCCUGAUGCGAGACAACCUCUUUGAAAUCAUAACGAGCUCCAGGACCUUCUACAUCCAGGCAGACAGCCCCGAGGACAUGUACAGCUGGAUCCAAACAAUCUCAGGGGCAGUCCAGGCCCUGAAGACCCGCCCAAGGGAGAUGUCCUUCAUGAGAUCCAGCUCCAUGGCCCGGCCCGGGGGGUCCCCGGCCCCCUCCCAGCAGCGGCAGGUGAUGGAGGAGCGGCGGGCGCUGUGCAAAGCCCCCUCCAGCUCCUCCUGGCAGCCCUGGACGCCGGUGCCGCGGGCAGAGGGGAAGCAGCCGGUGUCGGAGGAGCUGCCCCGGGCGCUGAGGGACUCCUUGUUCCUGCCGGCAUUCCCGGAGCGCGAUGCCGGAGCCGCGCCGGGCAAGCGCCUGCGGCACAAGUCGGAGCCGCAGCAUCUCAAGGAGAAGCCGUUUCCCUUCGACCUGGAUGAUGAAAGCAUCCGGACCUCCGAUGUAUGAGCAGGCACCCAGGACCCCGGGGUCCCUGCAGGCGGGUUGGGGUGCACAGCUGCUCAGCAUCUUGGACUGAGCCCACCCUGUCCUCUCGGCAGGGGGUGAAGUGCCCUGUCCACCCCCCCACCCCCACCCCCCGCCCCUCAUGCUCUUACCAGCGGUACAGGAUCCGGCUGGGCCCAUGUCCUGGGGUGCCUGCCUGCUCCUGCCCCAGUGGAUCCACGUUUCAGGAGCUGCUGCCACUGGCUGUGCGGGGUGGGAAGCCCUGGUCCCCAGCGCAGGAGCAGCCUCUGCCACAACCACAUAAUUUCCCCCAAAAACCACACCUGGAGGAAGCAGCAGGAGGUCUCAGAGGCGUGGAGGGGAGUGUGGCCUUUCUUGUGUUUGGAAAAACUGUCUUUCUCCCCUCCCAUGCUGCUCACCUUCUCCAGACAGAGCCAGGGAGAUGCCAGCCUGCACAGCAACAUGCUGCAACUUCCCAUUUUGGUGGCUUUUCCCCUAGGAGACCAGCCCUUUCCACUGCCUGGCUAAUGGAUAGAUCUGUUGGCUUUUAAUUACAUCUUUUUAUAACUGUGGCCACUGUUAAGCCCAGUUAGCUCUUCUUUUUUCUUUUUUUUUUUCCUUUGGCAUUACAUGUUCUCUGUUCUGCAAAAUCAGCUCAACGUGCUCCCCAGGAGCAAAAAAUCUGAUUUGUCCAUGCCUGUUCCUGUCUCCAGCUGUUUGACAGCUGUGUUUCAGCUCAGGCUCAGCCUGGGAUUGAGCUUUAUCCAUUGAGCUCUGAGGUGUUGAUGGGCCCAGUGGAUUAAAAUUGCAUCUUCCUGCCUCGAUCCCCCCGUGUUGGAGGGGCUGCAGGUGCCAGGGGGGUGCCAGGGCUCCCAGCUUUGGGGCAAGGGGGGCUCAGAGGGGUUGUGUGGAGAUGCUGGAGGGGACAAACUAUGAGAACAAGUGGGAAUCAAUGUAAAUGGUACGGAGUGAGUGUUAAUAUUUGUUAUUUAAUUGUAGAAACCUAGGUCAUGCUGUUCCUUUUUCUUCUACUUUUUGCUUUAUUUGCACUAGUGUUUGAAAUGUUGUUUUAGCCUGACUUGCUGUCUGGCUCCUAACACGGUGUUUCAAAAAUGGUUUAGCAGUUUGGUGAGCCUGUCAGUGACAGUGACAGCAUUUGGUGGCAGCUCUGACCUCGUUUCUGGAGAACAAAUGCAGAGAGGGAUGAUGGUUGCAGCGUGCGAGGCCUCAGAACUGUGGAGCACCAAGAUCUUUUGUUGCUUGAUAAUUGCAAACUUUCCUCGGGCCUGGGAUGGUAAAGCAGAAGCUUGUUGCACAAUUAGGGUUAAUUAUCCAGGAGGAGAAACUACCAGUGGCUCCAGUACUCUUGCAACAUUCCUGUUUCUCAUUCCCACCCUCCUGCAUCCCCAGGACAGUGUAAGGGCUGAGCGUGCAACCGGCGUGGUUGACGCCAAGCCCGGCUCCAGACCCAUCCCUGAUGCCUGUGGGGUUGUGGGCAGGGAUUUCCCUCCCAUCCCCAGGGACUGGCAGGUGCAGCCAGCCCUCCCUGGAGCUCUGCAGUGAUUUUUAAAGCAAACUGGUGUCCCCCACCUCUGCAUCUGCCUCCUGGCUCCGAGAGCAGCUGGGGGGGGAUGUGCCCGUUUGUUGUGUGUCAUUUUCCUGCCUUCCCAGGGAUGUGUGCAGCAGGAAGAGUGAUGUGAGGGGUGGGUUUGCUCUUUCCUAGGGAAACUCCCAAGUGUUUUUGGCUGUUCCCCUGAGUGCUGGCUGUGGAUUUCAAGUGCUCUUAGGGCCAGGGGGUCUUGUGUGGGUGACGCUCUGGAGCUCCCCUGGUGCCUGUUCCUCCCACCUUCCCGUCUGUGCUGCAGGAGAUGGAGCCUGUUUUCCCUGUGUUUUUAAAUAAAAAAGGAAAUCCCAGUAACUUUUC